GGGAAAAAAACCCAGUCGUGGUCAAUAACGCUCGAGAGCGAUGUUGUUGUUUUGUUCCGUCGUCACACGCAGUGCGAAGAAAGUGUCCCGGCAGCUGAUUGGCCGACGGGCCGCCGGCUGCGUGGCAACGGCAGCACGUGACCAGGCAGCGCGCUGAUUGGCUGCAUCGGCUGUCAGUCGUGGGGGACGUCGAAGCAGCUGGAGGGGCAGAAAAUACUUAAUACGUGUCUCCGAGUUCCGAGUUUCAAUACCAGAAACGACUACAACGGCUCCAUAAACAGACUACAAAAGUGUUAACUAGUGAUUUAGGUCACUUGCCGCCUUGACAUGACCGCAGUCUGAACCGGCGCCCGAGGAGUCACGUUCAGGUCAGCCGCUCGCGCCCCAAUGCCGCUCUGAGGAGGAACCGCUCGACCCCCGGAGUCCCGCUUUGGCCCUUCGUGUGUGUGUCUCUCUCCUCUCUUCGCCAUGGGGGGAGCCGUGAGCGCCGGGGAGGACAACGACGACCUCAUUGACAAUCUGAAGGAGGCGCAGUACAUCCGGACGGAGAAGGUCGAGCAGGCGUUUCGGGCCAUAGACCGCGGCGACUACUACCUGAACGGCUACCGGGACAGCGCCUACAAAGACUUGGCGUGGAAGCACGGCAACAUCCACCUGUCGGCUCCGUGCAUCUACUCCGAGGUGAUGGAGGCCCUCAAACUGCAGCCUGGGCUUUCUUUCCUCAAUCUGGGCAGCGGGACUGGCUACCUCAGCACAAUGGUUGGCCUCAUCAUAGGGCCCUUCGGUGUGAACCACGGAGUGGAGCUCCACAAGGACGUGGUCGAAUACGCCCGAGAGAAACUGGAUGAUUUCAUAAAGGGUAGCGACAGCUUCGAUAAGUUUGAGUUCUGCGAACCCGUCUUUGUGGUGGGAAAUUGCCUUGAAAUCUCAACGGACAGUCAUCAGUACGACCGCAUCUACUGCGGCGCCGGCGUGCAGAAGGACCACGAAAAUUACAUGAAAGUGCUGCUCAAAAUUGGAGGCAUUCUGGUGAUGCCCAUAGAAGACCAGCUGACCCAGAUAACCAGGACUGGCCAGUGCACAUGGGACAGCAAAAACAUCCUGGCGGUGUCCUUUGCCCCCUUGGCCCAGCAGAGCGUAGCUGAUGGAGAGAAGCCCGACGCUGUCCAGCUGCCGCCGGUGACCGUCCGCGGCCUUCAGGAUCUGUCCCGGAUCUCCAUCCGGCGCACGCUGAGGAGCCUGUCCAAAGAGGAGGCCCAGGGGAAGGACGUCGCGCAGCGGCUUCCCCAGAAGCGCAAGCGCAGGCGCUGCCGCCGCCGCCGCAUCAACACCUACGUGUUCGUGGGCAAUCAGCUGAUCCCCCAAAUGGUGGAGAGCGAGGAGGAGGAGCACGCCGAGGAAGAGCACAAGGAAGCGGAGGAGGAGGAAGAAAGGGACCUUGGCGACAUUGAACUCCUCAAGCAAGUGAACAUGUUGAGGGACCAAAUAAUGUCUCUGCCGCUGCCCGAGUCACUGAAAGCAUAUCUGCUGUAUUACAGAGAGAAAUGACUGAUGUCCGCGGCGCCGGCGGGGACGCUGUCUCCUCCACCUUUCCAGUACAAAUGUAGCUUUAUUUCCAUUAAGUCGUAAUGGCAAAACGAUGCUGAAAGAGACGUGUUGGAUAAUAAUGUUCUCAUCGUCAAGAAUUGUAUGAAUUUGUAUAUCGAGAAAGAAAAAUAAUGUAAAAAGUAAACUAAGUGGACCGAAACCCAUUUAGAGAUUCAGAUUUUAUCACAAUGUCGGGAUUUCUGCAGAAAUAUGCAGAUAAAAAAUUGUAUAUGAACAAAGUCCUCAUUAUAUUUGUCAGAAAACGAUUAUGUUACGAUGAAGACUUUCAUCGCAGCUUUUAUAGAAGCUUUAACUCACCGUCGCGGUCCGGUGAUUUAUUCAUCACCAGAGGAAGCGGAAGCACACGGCACCGAAAGUCACACGAGGCCACGUCCUCCUUUUUCCACCUUUCAUAACCUUAAACUUGUGUCGUUGCUGUUGACGGGUUGUCUUCGGUCCACGUGUUUUGUACCUUCCUGUUACAAGAGCUCAUCGGAAGACUUUAUUGACUCACCGUCUUUUCUACACGGCACCUUUUUGAUGUAAAGUUUUUUUUUUUUUCUGUCGGGUGUCUUUGUGUUUCCUCACUUUGCAUAUGAAUCGCUGACGCCCUACUUGAUACGAAGCAGCGUGUCAGGCCCCUCUCGUCUCCACGGUUACCCUCAUCGCUGAUGCAAAUCGUAUAAUUAAUCAUAUCCGAGGUGUUGAAUAACGAUAGAAUUGACAGGUGUUUUUUAGCUUUGCUUUAGAAAUGGACUUUGGGGGGGUGAUGGUCAAUAAUGCAUGAAUUUACUGUAAAUGUGUAGCGUGUUCUUUACUUUUACGUCACAUCUAAUUGGUCACUGGAGGUGAUGUCCCAGGUGAUCAAGACUGGAAACAAUUUGAUAGAAGAAAUUAUAUAUAUAUAUAAACAGGAAAUCAAGUAGAUGGCAUUGAGACAAAUCUCAAUUUCUGAAAAGUAAUUUUGUUAUUAUUUAGUUUUUGUAUCCUGGACUGUAGAAGUGUCCCACGGAGCACCUUAGUCUGCCGUCCUCCACUGAAGACAGAACACCCUUGGUCGUGCGGACUGGACUUGUGAUGUGAAGCCUGUUUUUUUUCACGGGACAAUUUGCUUGCCGAUGAUGCCGGUGGCUUCUGAGUGCCAACGGGCCCCCGUGGCUCACCGGGACUCGGUAAAUGUACCCAGACGAAGGUGCGUUUCCACAAAAACAUUCCACGAGGAACAAAGGAAAGAUAACCGCGCGUCACUGACUCUUCUUCUUCUUCACGCUCACAGACUCUGGCAGAUUUUGUUCGUCUUACUUUGAAUGCGUCGUGUAGUAUUCCAAAAGCUGAGUUGAAUGUUGUUGCUAUGAAUUCUAUUCAAUAUAAAAGUGAUAUAUGUACUGUUAUCAUAGGGUUCUGCAUACGGUUUAAUUUGGUUUGUUGUUGCGCCUUUUUGCUGUACUGCACGUCGACACUGGGAACUCUGUACAUCAAAAACCCCAAACACUGCUGUCUGUUGACUAGAGAAGAUCUAUUAGUGCUCACGAUAUUCAUUUUGUUCUGGUUGUAAUGAAAAAUAUUUAGUUUGAAAGCAGGAGUGAUGACUCUAUUAGCGGUGUGUGAAGAGGUCAUCGUCUCUUUCCAUUCAUGAGAGAGCUUUGCAAGUGAGCAAUAAUGGAAUCAUUUCCCAUCUUAUAAUUACCAACAACAUCACAGUCCCGCUUGAUUUGCUUAGUAUCCAUUAAAAACCCUCAUGACCAAUUAGGGGCUCGGGACGGUUUAACCUGCCGGCACCUGGAACGUAAUUGUCAUUCAGACGGCACGUUGAGGACUGAAAGCAGGCGACCUCCCACCUCGACUCUCGGGCCCUGCACCAAAGUCAACGGGACUAGUUUCACCUGGACCACAUUAGACCGUCACCGAUUCUGUGCUUUUCUAUCGAGUUGUCAAAGAGCCGCCGACGUCGCGCCGCUGUUCACCAGACGCAGGUGGACGUCUCUCGUUUUUGAAAACGUGUCGGGUUUUUUUGCGUGAAUGUUCGGCACAAGAAUAAAAAGGUCACCAUCA